AUGUCGCUAAUUCCCUAUGUCGGCGUAUUGCAUAUCUUUGCUGCGCUAGGAGGUGUUUAUACUGUUAGUCCCAACAAAUCGACGAGGGCAAAGAAUACGCAAAUAAUUUUUGGACGAGAGUGGGAAAAUACCCUAGACGAUAGCAAGCUGGCGAGACGUGAAUCUACUGCUCAUGUGCUUGCAGCCACCCUCGGCUUUCUGUCCCUGGACGACGGUUUACAGAAGGAAAUAUAUGACAACGUCGCUUCUGUUGUAGCGUUGGACCGUGAUCCUGCCGCACUCCACCUUCCAUGUUCAAUGUCUAAACAGGCCUAUGAGCAUUAUAAUACCCUAUACAAGUACCCCCCUGAACAAAUAUUGAUCUCAGCAGCCGCAUUUGUCGGAAUUCGAGGAGCAUUUGAGGAUACCAUGAUGCAGAUUCCAGACCCAAGAGGGCCUGCAGAUACGAUGGUUUCCGGUUCCAAAAGGAACAGAGGUUUACAUAGCCUUCAUUGCGUAUCAAUCGCAAUGACAUUGCUUCCAGAAUACAGCCCAAGGUAUUUGAACAACCAUUCGAAUACAGGCCUUCUCGUUGGAAUGGAACUACAAUUGAAUCCAAGGCGGUCUCUGCGUUCAGUCUCGGUCAGGGCCAUUGAUCCAUAUUAUGCUAUAGCUUUUUCUUAA